CGGAGAGACAGAUACUCGGUAUAAGAGCGGAGGAGCCGACGACUCAUCAGCACACUCCGACCGACCAUGGGCGUCCAGGGCCUGGCCACUUUGGUGAACACGUACCCGCAGAUCUACCGGGACGUCCGGUUCAUGGGGAGGCGGCUGGUGAUCGACGGCUGCAACCUGCUGCACCUGCUGUACUUCAACUCAGGUCUGGAUCAGAAUCACGGUGGAGAGUACGCUGCAUUCGAGGAUGUGAUUGAGAAGUUCGUCAUUGCCCUCAGGGACUGUAGGAUCACACCGUACGUUGUGCUGGAUGGUGGCACAGACUGUACCGAUAAGAAGCUUGAAACUUUGACGCAAAGAGCCAAGGAUCGGAUCAUUAAAGCCCAUCGAGCUGCAGCAGAGGGCAGCCAGGAGCGUAUCCUGCCACUGCUGGCCAAGCUAGUGUUCAGACAGACACUGGACCGGCUGGAGGUUCCGGUGGCCCAGUGCUAUGGCGAGGCUGACGAGCAGAUUGCCACCCUGGCCAAUGAGUGGCAGUGUCCAGUGCUUUCCAACGAUAGUGACUUCUACAUCUUCGAGCUCCCAGCAGGGCUGCUGCCUAUUGAUCAUUUCAAGUGGGAGGCAGUGGAGCAGUGCGGCUCACAGAAGUACAUUCCCUGUAAGAGCUACAACACCUCCAGCUUCUGCAUCUUUUUUAAUAUUCAGCACCACCUCCUGCCCACCUUUGCCGCUUUGGCCGGGAACGACUACGUGAAACUGCAGAGGACCAGCUGGGCUCAGUUUGCCCCGGCAGGCAGAGAAAAACCAAACCGGCUGGAAGGCCUGCUCUGCUGGCUGAGGGACUUCCAGCAGCCUCGGGAGGCCCUGGAGGCAGCGCUGGGGCUGAUGGGAGAACUGAGCAAGAAGAGCAAGGCUGAGGUGUUGCAGGGCUUGUCUCUGGGGAUGGCGGAAUACCAGAUACCUCCCAGCAGCUACCUGAAGAUGUUCUUUAUCCACAAGGUGGUGCCUCCAUUCCCAGCAGUGGAAAAAACAGCAGGCCUUGUCCCACACUGGAUGCUGCUGCCUCUGGCAGAGGCCCGGCUGUGUGGAGACAUCCUAGAUGUGCUGCAGCUGCGGAGGAUGCCUCUCCCCACUCCUGUGGACCACGGCGACAUGCCCAGCGCUUGCCUGACCUCCAGGCCCAUCCGCCAGGUGAUGUACGGGCUGCUGCUGGGCAAAGCAAAGCCACUUCAGGUGGAAGAGAGAGACAGAGAGGGCCUCGAGCUAAAAUUCAUCCUGGUCCAAAGGACUUAUAAGGGGGUCAUUCAGCGGCUGGACCUCAACUCACUGGAUAAGGCGGACCCCUCUGAGCGUCUACAGGUGUUACUGGAGGCUCUGGGGGUGCCCGAGGCCUCUCUGAACAGCCUCCCACCUCAGCUGCGCCUCCCUGUGGCCGUCACCUGCUACUGGCUGCAGAGAGCUCAGCCUCCUCCAGACCAGAUGAUGCUGAAGGCGCUGCUGCUGGGACUAACUAUUGUAGACACAUGGAGACAACGAGCCGCUUUACACCCUGCUAAUAAACAAAGGCUUGAUGUGAAUGUGGUUCAUGCCUUCAACCAAUGGCAGCUCUGCCUGAAGGACAGCAUCCAACUGAACCAGGUUCUGGGCUACCCUCUACCUGAACCCCAGAUUGCACGGUUGUAUGAGGGGACCUUCGUCCACCAGCUGGUCCAUGUGAUGAAGACAGGAGGAAGACUGGGGUCCCUUCUAAAGAGUGAUCGAUCCAGUGUGAAGCGGUACCAAACCAUGGUGUUUAUUGUCCACCAGUUUUAUACUCAGGAGACCUCGAAAUCCUCAGAGACCCAGAAGACAGCGACGGCCCCACAGCGGCAGCCUCUGGACGACCUGACUGCCGACCUGCAACAGAUGUUCACUCUGCAUGAGGAUGAGGAGUUUGUGACUGAAGCAAACAGUGCGGUCACAGCGCUGGAGGAUCUAUCGCUACAUGAUCUAGUGUCGGUGAGAACUCGCUACAAAACCAAAGAGAGAAACAACCGGUGCAAAAUCCCAGAAAUGUCCCGCAAAGAGGAGUGCAGGGGCCUGGACAUCAUCUGAGGACUGGAAGUCCACCUCCAACUCGGACGUCUCAGAAAUUCUCAUAACUUCAUUCCCAGUAUAGAUCAAAAAGUGUUGUGCUGUUUAAAAGCCACUAUCAAUGAGAAACCAUUCAGGAAACAUAUAUAGCUUAUGGAAUGACUGACCUUUUCUAAAAGCUCACUAAGAAAUGGGAAGAUCAUUGGAAAAAAAAUGGAUAUUAUACUUGAAUCUUUGAAAUCUUAAAAACAAAACAAAACAGUAUUUUAACUUGGAAAUCUUUGUAUAGCUUAAGGGUACAUGGGACACUGUGCAAAUGUAAAUUAUUUUAUUCUGCCAGUAAUUUAAAACUUAAAAAUAUUCACUUUACUAUGAUGGGAGACAAAAGCAGUAAAUCAUCAUAAUUAAGACUGAAACAGGAGGAUUUUUAGUAUUUGUUCUUGAAAAAUUAAGCACCGGACCAAUUCUCUUUUCGGAUCAACAACCUAAUUAAUCUAUUAACUGUUACAUCUACUUUAUAUCCAAUGUGAUAUAAAAAGUUGACAUUUUGCAGGUCUGUCUAGCACACUUCUUUCAGCCAAUCAGCCUUAUGACUUUACAUAUAUUCAUGUUCAUAUCCAGAUGUGCAGACAUCUGUGGAACACAUCAAAAGUAAAACAGUAGUGUUUCCAGUGUUGUAAUACCCUUCUUUAUGGUUUGUCUGUCAUUUUCUGUAAGUGAUUUUUGCUCCAACAUAAAGAUAACCAUAAUUAAAGUCCACUUUAAGUAA